UAUUUGUCUAUAAAUAUUCUGAUUUUUUCAUUCGAUUAUUUAAUGUUUUUCUUUUUAUUAUCUUUACAUACAAAAGUGAUUCUAAACUUUCCCUUUUCACCAGAUCUUUACAAAUUGACAAAGCUGUAUAAAUGAUUGACUCACAGCUGUAAAAAUCAAGGAAGAAAGCAUGUUUGGCGCUGAGUGUCAACUAUCGUGUAUUUUAACAGUAAAUAGAAAGUAAAUAUAUUCAUUUGAAACAUUGUUCUUUGUUUUGUUAAACUUUCUUUAACUGUGAUACAAUUUUUAAAUAAUCAAUAUCAUUUAUCUGUUUAAAAAAAUAUAUACUCUAAUAGUUUGAUCAUCUUUAACAUCAAAAACAACAACAACAACAAGAAUAAUUUUAAAAAGACACAUUAUGUUUCAUUUUAAUUGUGACAAAAAGUGUAAGUUGUUGAUAUUGUGAAGAUAUAUUUAUAGUGUAUUGCAACAUGAAAUUUAUUGAGUGAAAGUAAAAGAUAAAAUAAAAAAUAAGAUAAUCUCUGAUGAAUUUCUCUGAAGAUUGAAUGUUAUCAAUCAUUAAGUUUCAUUACUGCAAUCCAAACGGGUUUCCAAAAUAAUUCCCGUUUACGUUACGUGUACAAAAAUGGAAACUGAAGAAUAUGAUAACCCUAAGGAAAUAAAAGCAACAUUAGAAACAUAUAAAAAAUUAGCUAAUGAUUUUUCUAACCAUGACACUAUCUUAAAGGAUAAAACAGUCUUGUCCUAUGUAGCAUAUAUUCUUGAAGUACCUUAUUUAGAUAUUAUCAAUCUCUCAUUAGACAUAUUAGAAUUGUUUAUUAAAAAUACUGAUAAUUAUGUACACAUAACCUCAACCUUUGGAAUAAGGGAAGCCUUAGACGCAGUUGUCAACAGAUUUUUAUUGAGUGAACCAGAAAUAUCUAAAAGAGCACAGCAUUUAAAAGAUAAUAUUGAACGUAUGAAACCACCAAUAUAUAAUUUACGCAGUAGGUGCAGAAUUAUUGAAAGAAAGAAAUUAAAAACUCAUGUAAUUGUAUUACAUGUACAAGGCUUAUUACCGGAAACUAGAUCUGAACUUGAAUCAACGUUGAUCAAAGUUGAGGGAUUGAUAUCUCUUGUGAUAGAUGUGGAACAUCAACGUGUUACCAUGCGUACAUUGAACAAUGUUACUGCUAAACAUAUUGCUGAUGUUAUACAAGAACGUUUAGAAAAUAUGGAAGCAUGGCUAGUUACUAAAAAUAAAUUCAAUCAAGAAUUUCUAGUUAGAUUGACUCAUAAAGAAGAUACAGAUGACAUUGAAAACAUGCCGGAAUACUUACCAGAGGAAGAAGAACAAGAAGAUGAGAAAGAAGGAGUCGUAUCUUUGUUUAGUGGUUUAAGACAAAGUGCAUCAUCUUUAUACAAAUCUACGACAGAAUUUCUUCAUAAUUCAUUUUAUUGGUAAAUCCCAAUUAAUCGAUUAGAAUUCAUUCUUCUAAUUAUGCAAUGUUCUUUUUUUUAAAUAAGAACAUAUUAAUCAAUGAAUCAUUUUCAUUUAAAAGACUUUUUAAA